CUGCGAGGCCGAGCCACGACUCGCACAGUCCGUGACCAGUUGAGCAUACGCGGCCAACUUUCCGUCUUUAUGAGAGGUGUAUCCGUGACGGUGUUGAUUCACCGGGUUUUGUGAGACAGAAUCGCUUGAUCUGCAGUUCGAAGAACAGUCUCGUCGACGCAGACAAGAUGGGAUUCAAGUUUCUCGAAGUGAUAAAACCGUUUUGCAGUAUACUGCCGGAAAUAGCGAAGCCGCAGCGAAAGAUCCAGUUCAGGGAAAAGGUAUUAUGGACAGCAAUCACAUUAUUUAUCUUCUUAGUAUGUUGCCAGAUCCCAUUGUUUGGUAUCAUGUCUUCGGACAGUGCGGAUCCUUUUUACUGGAUCCGUGUGAUACUUGCGUCAAAUAGAGGAACACUGAUGGAAUUGGGUAUCUCGCCAAUUGUCACUUCUGGUCUCAUUAUGCAGCUGUUACAUGGUGCAAAAAUUAUAGAAGUUGGUGACACGCCAAAAGACAGAGCGUUAUUCAAUGGAGCGCAGAAAUUAUUUGGCAUGGUCAUAACUGUUGGACAAGCUAUUGUUUACGUAAUGACGGGAAUGUAUGGAGAUCCGACUGAAAUUGGAGCUGGUGUUUGUCUUCUGAUCAUCAUUCAGUUGUUUGUUGCUGGGCUUAUUGUAUUGCUAUUGGACGAGCUGCUUCAGAAAGGAUAUGGAUUGGGAAGCGGAAUAUCUCUCUUCAUCGCUACCAACAUUUGCGAGACCAUUGUCUGGAAGGCAUUUUCUCCAGCUACAGUCAACACUGGUCGUGGCACAGAAUUUGAAGGAGCCGUAAUCGCUCUAUUUCAUUUAUUGGCUACUAGACAGGACAAAGUCAGAGCUCUCCGAGAAGCAUUUUACAGACAGAAUCUUCCAAAUCUGAUGAAUCUUCUCGCUACCAUUCUCGUGUUUGCUAUCGUUAUUUACUUCCAGGGCUUCCGUGUGGAUCUUCCAAUCAAGUCCGCCAGAUAUCGUGGCCAGUACAGCAGCUAUCCGAUUAAAUUGUUUUACACCAGCAAUAUUCCGAUUAUCCUCCAGUCGGCUUUGGUAUCGAACUUGUACGUCAUCUCCCAGAUGUUGGCCGUUAAAUUCCAAGGAAAUCUCAUAGUGAAUCUGCUGGGCGUUUGGUCAGACGUCGGCGGCGGCGGUCCUGCCAGAUCGUAUCCGGUUGGUGGACUGUGUUAUUAUUUAUCACCUCCAGAAUCGGUCGGCCACAUCGUUCAAGACCCUGUCCAUGCUGUGCUUUACAUUCUCUUCAUGCUCGGCUCAUGCGCUUUCUUCUCCAAGACGUGGAUCGAGGUUUCCGGAAGCUCUGCAAAGGAUGUUGCUAAACAACUGAGGGAACAGCAGAUGGUGAUGCGAGGCCACAGAGACAAUUCCAUGAUUCGCGAACUGAAUCGAUACAUUCCGACCGCUGCGGCGUUCGGCGGGUUGUGCAUCGGAGCGUUGUCCGUGCUGGCGGACUUUUUGGGCGCGAUCGGUUCCGGAACCGGUAUCUUACUUGCUGUCACAAUCAUAUAUCAGUACUUCGAGAUCUUCGUCAAGGAGCAAAGUGAAAUGGGUGGCAUGAGCACGUUACUUUUCUAAACCUAAUCAAUCUAUAGACUUGAAAAGUGAACUUUUUUAAUUAUAAAGAACUGAGUAAUAAUUUAUUAAAAAAUAUAUGUAAAAUAGGUUGGAUUGGUAGCUGCGUGUGUCUGAAGCUCGCAGAACAAUAAGAAAACACACGACCAGCGCCAAUUGAAAGUUUCCUGUUUAUUACAUACAUAAAAAAUCGCAUAUUUAACUUACUGGAUAUGUUGUCAAAUUCUCUGCUCAAGAAACGUUGUUGGUGAGACUUUCCAAAAUAGUUUAUGUAAAGCUUUGUAUGUAUUAUUUCUCUCUCUUUUUUUUUAAAUACAAAGAAACUACAUUAACGUAUGUAAUCAUUGACGCGACGCACUUUCAUACUCGGAAACUAUAUUUUUUUUUACGUCAACUUUUGAAAUUCUUGUUCUUAUGUUGCGGAAGAGAGGAGAGAGAUAGGAAUGUAUACUCUUUACUUUUACAUCAAACAAAUGAUUCUACGCUACGUCAGUGUAUGUAUAUUAUACCACUGUAAAACAAAGACAUGAUACAUUGACUUGGCGUGAAGAGAGAACUCGGACAUAAUAUACAAAAUGCUCGCGAUUGAAGACGCCGCGCUCGCAUGA